CUCACAACCAUCUUGGAUAUAGAAUCCUAACUCGACACAAGCAUGCCUGGUGAAGCCACAGAGACGGUCCCGGUCACUGAGCAGGAGAUGCAGCAGCCACAAGUUGAGACUGGUUUGUAUAGCAUUAUUACAUCACACUUGCAUGCUAAGAUACUAAACUGCAAGGCUAAUGGGGUCCUGGAACUCAAACACUGCAGUAGCUAAUUCAACAGUGCUUGUUGGAUGUAGUGACUGAAGUCAUAUUCCCCCAGUGGUGUGGUGGCUGUUAUUUGAGAGCUCUAUAUUAAUUGAACUCCUUCAGGAAGUGUAGCACCCAUCAGUUGACACUUAGAUAAUCAAGCAGGUGACACUGCUGUAGAAUGACACACUGUUGGGGACGCUCACUUGGAACCGUUUUCUCUAGAUCAAGUACAGCUUUACACAUAUUCUCAUAUAUAGGGAUAUGUGGUGUCAGGUUUCUUUUAAGGGGAAGGGUGGGCUGAUCAGCUGAGGGAUCAUGUAUAGUGAGGUCCAAAAGUAUUUGGACAGUGAAAUGUUUUGUUUAGCCUCUGUACUCUAGCACUUUGAAAUUAUACAAUGACUGAGGUUAAAGGGCAGACUGGCUUACAUUUGAGGGUAUUUUCAUCCAUCUCUGGUGAACUACUUAGAAAUCACAGCACUUUUUGUACAUGGUGCCCCCCCCCAUUUUUGGGAACCAAAAUAAUUUGGACAAAUUCACUUAUAUUAAAGUAGUCAAAAGUUGAAUAUUUGGUCCCAUAUUCCUAGCACGCAAUAAGUGUUGUCCCUGUAUUCAUUUAGCAGCGGCGCGACUCUGCUGCUAAGUUGUUGCUUACCUCUUACCAAUAACAGGGGAGGUUAGCCUUUUGGGGGGGGGGGGGGGGGGAUUUAUGCCUCUAACUUUCUCUCUCAACAUUAUUCACAAUUCAGUCAUGAUUAUCUGUAAUAAUGGUAGCAUCCACAUUAAUAUAGAAGUGUUUAGGAAACAUUUACAGUGAAAGUGACUCAAAUGACACUACAUUAUUUACCAUUUAUAUUGGGCACAAAGUAAUCUGAAAUACAACCAAACUGCAAAUGCAGUGUCACAAGCUUGAUGUAGUCAUUGCGCGCUAGGAAUAUGGGACCAAAUACUAAACUUUUGACUAUAAUACAUGUAUUAGUGAAUUUGUCCAAAUACUUUUGGUUCCCUAAAAUGGUGGGGACUAUGUACAAAGUGCUGUAAUUUCUAAACAGUUCAACCAAUAUGGAGGAAAAUAUCCUCAUUAAAGUUGAUAGCCUGCACUUUAACCUCGUAUUCUUGGUAUAAUUUCAAGUACUGGGCCAAAACAACAAAAUGUGUCACUGUCCAAAUACUUUUGGACCUCCCUGUAUAAACCAUGGCCUGUAGAUUAUAAUCCUGGGGGGGGCUCUCUCUCUUCUUUUCUUUUUUUACUUUGAAGUGAGUAGCCCUCAAGGAUUAUGUUUGGCCAGUCAUCGACUCACUUUGCAUCAAUGUUGAAAAAAGGGCGUGGGAGAAAUUUUAGGGAUUUGAGAUGGCUUAAAAAAUUGUGGUUGUCUUGAAUUUCACUGCAGGUCAAAUGGGUUAUCCAGGACCCCUUAUUUACUGAAACCCACUCACUCACAACCGCAUGUGUUGAAUGUUACUGUACCGACAACUGUGUUGUAAAACACUUUCUAAUGCACGGGUAUUAAUGUAGUGGCAUGUGCAUGGACAUUUUUUUUAAAGAAACACCCUGCAAGCAUUAAUUAUAACUGAACAAAAAUAUAAACGCAACCUGCAACAAUUUCAACCAUUUUACUGAGUUACAGUUCCGUCAAUUGAAAUCAAUUCAAUAGGCCCUAAUCCAUGGAUUUCACAUUACUUGGCAUGGGUGCAGCCCUGGGUGGGCCUGGGAGGGCAUAAGCCCACCCACUGGUGAGCCAGGGCCCAGCCAAUCAAGAGUUUUUCCCAACAAAGGUGCUUUAUUACAGACAGAAAUAGUCCUCAGUUUCAUCAGCUGUCUGGGUGGCUGGUUUCAGAUAAUUCCGCAGGUGAAGAAGCCAGAUGUGGAGGUCCUGGGCUGGUGUGGUUACAUAAGGCCUGCGGUUGUGAGACCUGUUGGAUGUACUGCCAAAUUCUCUAAAAUUACAUUGGAGGUAGUAGAGAAAUGAACAUUAAAUUCUCUGGCAAUAGCUCUGGAGGACAUUCCUGCAGUCAGCAUUCCAAAUGCACGCUCCCUGAACUUGAGAAAUCUCGGGCGUUGUGUUGUGUCUCAACUGCACAUUUUUAGUGGCUUUUGUCCCCAGCACAAGGUGCACAUAUGUAAUGAUCAUGCUGUUUAAUCAGCUUCUUGAUGUUCCACACCUGUCAGGUUGAUGGAUUAUCUUGGUGAAGGAGAAAUGCUCACUACCAGGGAUGUAAACACAAUUUUGCACACAAUUUGAGAGGAAUAAGCUUUUUGUGCACAUGGAACAUUUCAGGGAUCUUUUAUUUCAGCUCAUGAAAUGUGAGACCAGCACUUUACAUGUUUCAUUUUAUAUUUUUGUUCAGUAUAUGUGAUACUAUUUUAUUAGCAACCUCCGCAUUAAAGUGUCACUCACUUAUCAUUGAGCAUUAUGAAUUCCUUAUUCCUCUGGAAAUAUAUAUUUAGUUUUUAGACCAGCUUUUAUUUUUUAUAUUCACACCUACAUUCUCUUUGACCAUGUUAGUAUUCCUUAUUCCUCUGGAAAUAUAUAUUUAGUUUUUAGACCAGCUUUUAUUUUUUAUAUUCACACCUACAUUCUCUUUGACCAUGUUAGUGAUAUGGUUGGUAAUGUUAUGCUCACAAUUGCGGGCCUUUUUAUGGCAUUGAUUUGACUAAAUGUUUAAUGGCAAAGGUAAGCUGCUUCUGUGAAGUAUCUUAUGGCGCAUUAUUUUCAAGUCAUGUAAGAAACAUUGGUUUUAAAUGCAAUUAGUAUUGAUGGUUUUCUUAAAGCAUUUUCUCAUUUCAUUUACAUGCUGCAGCAGACAAAAUUCUGAUUAGUAUAACAAAGAUGCGUCAAUAUGCAAGUGGGGAUAAUUGGUGACACUUAUGGAUUUCCUCACUACCAAGCCCUGAACCGGAAGAGUGAAGUGUUGAAAACCAUGACGGUUAUAAGCAGAUGAAUCGCCAUGUUUCCUGAAGAGACAAUGAGUUGGAGCUGGUGAAGGCCACAGAUUUGCUUUUGAAGACCACUGGUCAUGAUGGCAGCCGAAGAAGGUGCUGAACAAGUGAAGACUACUAAUAUUGAUUGGAGAAGAUUCUGGAUGUUCAGUACCACAGGUGCCUGUUAAUGAAGUUGAUGGGAAACUACAGUACAGGGUUUAUGGAGCGAGUCCACAUAGUUUUGCAGGUAAUUACUUAGUGUUGCUAGUGGAAACACCAUAGGUGUUGGCUGAUAAAUGGGAACUGUUAGCUAUGACCACAGGAGAAGACUUUCGGAAUUAAAGUUAGACUGUUGGAAAAGCGGUAAAUUGUUUUUGUUCAGCAAGGAAUACUGCGUUGUUCCAGAAAAGUGUUGAAAAUCCACUUGGGGAUUUGGGUUAAAUUGCAUGAAGUGGAUGAGAAAAUGUUUACAUUUUGCUUUUCAGUUCUAGUUAUUUGACUGUAAUUCAGGUAAGGUUAUCAAAUUGCCUCAUCACAUCAAACAGAAUAGCAACCUGUUAAAUCUAAAUGUUCUAAUUCAACCGUUUCCACUAGUGGUUCAGUGUGCAUGGUUCUCUGUGGUAAGAUUCUUUUCACUCUGAAAUAUUGUGUCAUUACGGUUUGUAGUUGUAUUGAAUGCUGCUCGCUCUUCAGAGGGUUUCUACCCACUUUCGGUCUCAAGGUUUUUCCAGUCACAAUCUUGUGCAUUUAGGCACUGCAUGGUAACUGGGACAUGGGCUCAAGUUUGGUUUUGUGGGUACACACAACAUUCACCCAUUCUUGGUUCACUUGUAGCAAACGGAAGGCUGAUGUCUGCAUCCUUGAACAACCUCACAAACACCUUGGUUCAACUGAAUUGAUACACUACAUGACCAAAAGUAUGUGGACACCUGAUUGUCGAACAUCUCGUCCCAAAAUCAUGGGCAUUAAUAUGGAGUUGGUCCCUGCACUUCUGAGAAGGAUUUCCACUAGAUGUUGGAAUAUUGCUGCGUGGACUUGCUUCCAUUCAGCCACAAGAGCAUUAGUGAGGUCGAGCACUGAUUUUGGGCGAUUAGGCCUCGCUCGCAGUUGGCAUUCCAAUUCAUCCCAAAGGUGUUCAAUGGGGUUGAGGUCAGUGCUCUGUGCAGGCCAGUCAAGUCCUUCCACACCGAUCUCGACCGACUAUUUCUGUAUGGACCUCUCUUUUUGCACGGGGGCGUUGUCAUGCUGAAACAGGAAAUGGCCUUUCCCAAACUGUUGCAACAAAGUUGGAAACACAGAAUCGUCUAGAAUGUCAUUGUAUGCUGUAGCAUUAAGAUUUCCCUUCACUGGCCUAGCCCAAACCAUCUUAGGCUUGUGUGCUGCUGCUCGGCCAAGGAAAACCCAUUUCAUGAAGCUCCCGCCAAACCGUUCUUAUGCUGAUGUUGCUUUCAUACAGACAGUUUGGAACUCGGUAGUGAGUGUUGCAACUGAGGACAGGUGAGCUUGUGUGGCGUACCACUUUGUGGCUGAGCCGUUGUUGCUCCUAGACGUUUCCACUUCACAAUAACAGAGCUUACAGUUGACCAGACCGCUCUAGCAGGGCAGAAUUUUGUGUAUUGAGAUUGUAUGGCUGUGUGCUCGCUUUUAUACACCUUCUCAGCAACGGGUGUGGCUGAAAUAGCCGAAUCCACUCAUUUGAAGGGGUGUCCACAUACCUUUGUAUAUAUAGUGUAGAUCUAGAUCACAACCCCAAUUCUAAAAAUGUGCUCAUUCAAUUGUUUCCUCUUAAUAUUUUGUGUCAUAUAAUCAAAACAUUUGUACCCCAACUUCCUCAUGUUGGUAAAAGUACCUGGUAUAGGAGAAUACCGUUACUGUAGUUCGAUUUUAUUAAACAAGGGGUUAAAUCAUUUUGAUCAUAUGCUUCAAAAAAACGUUAUUGUAAGCUUAUCAACCGCUCCUCACACUUGCUGUGACUACCCCCUGCCGCUCCUUCCGCUCCUCCUUUCCUUCCUAUCAACUCCAGGGGUGUUGAGUUCCUCUGCUCCCCCUGAGAUGGCUGUGUCUGACGUGACCAAGGCAGCCGCUUUGGAGAGUCCUGUGCCUCUAGGAUCCGCCACUGUUCUUCCAGAGAUCGAAUCCCAACCGGUGUCAGAAAUGGCUUUAGGAGAGGCAUCUAGUGGACAACUUAAUGGUGUAGAAGCAACACCUGAAGUUGAAGCAACCAUUGUUGAAGAACGUAAAGAAACUGCUGAACAACAGGUCACCCAAGAAGAGGUCAUCAUUCAAGAUUCAGCUGAAGUUAUAGAGGCUACCGUGGCAGCCACUCAAGAUGCAGUGGGUGCCGAACCCGUGGCAGUGGGUGCCGAACCCGUGGCAGUGGGUGCCGAACCCGUGGCAGUGGGUGCCGAACCCGUGGCAGUGGGUGCCGAACCCGUGGCAGUGGGUGCCGAACCCGUGGCAGUGCCUGAAGAGACUCCGGUCCAAGAACCAGCACCUGCUGCUAAAGAGCCAAUCGCAGACACUAUUGAUGGGAUGGCACGUGUAACUCCAGAAGUCACCCCCGAGCCUGCAGUCGAGAUGAUCACUGAAGAGUUGGAGACUGUGAGUCUGGAUCCAGCUCUUGAUGAUGCCGUACUAUGCACUGAAGUGGGCAGCUCGGACACUGGGGCCCCAGAACCUGAAGCACUGCCUGCUGAUAUGACCAUUGACACGCUAAAUGAAACUUCUGUUGAGAAAGAACCAAUUGCGGCCUUCUCUGAGGCCGUCCAGACGAAGGUGAUGUCAAAUCGCGCAGGCCCGACCGUCUCCACCUGUCUCCUGUCAGGGUCUGGCACUGAAUCGGACAGCGAUGAGUCUGUACCAGAUCUGGAGGAACAGGACUCCGCACAGACACAGCAAGCACAGCUUGCAGCUGCUGCAGAAAUAGAUGAGGAACCCGUUAGCAAAGCCAAACAGAGCCGUAGUGAAAAGAAGGCACGAAAGGCAAUGUCAAAGCUGGGCCUCAGGCAGGUGACGGGGGUCACCAGGGUUACCAUUCGCAAGUCUAAGAACAUCCUAUUCGUCAUCACCAAACCAGAUGUCUACAAGAGCCCUGCAUCAGACACUUACAUUGUCUUUGGUGAGGCUAAGAUCGAGGAUCUCUCACAGCAGGCCCAGUUGGCAGCGGCAGAAAAGUUCAAGGUACAGGGAGAAGCUGUGUCGAACAUCCAGGAAAACACACAGACACCCACCGUACAGGAGGAGAGCGAAGAGGAAGAGGUUGACGAGACCGGGGUCGAGGUGAAGGACAUUGAACUUGUGAUGUCACAAGCCAACGUGUCGCGAGCGAAGGCUGUACGCGCCCUGAAAAACAACAACAACGACAUUGUCAACGCAAUUAUGGAGUUGACGAUGUAGGCUGCUGGAGUCGACGGGGUUCUGAAAGGUUGCUGAUUUUAAUCUAUCGUUGGUACAAUUUAUACCCAAGGUAGAAAUAAAGAUGUGGCUUGGUAAAUCGA